AUGGAACAAGUGCAGAGAUGGGAAGGAAUUGACUCAUUUCACAAGCGGGAGAAAAUCGCAAAACUAGAGGGCGCACGAGGCAGUAUUCUGAAUGAACUACCCUACUGGCAAUCAGCGGAACAUUGUGGAAUUGAAGUGAUGCACAAUUUGCUGUUGGGAAAUCGCAAGGACCACAGUUUCAAUAUCUUGAAAACAUACCAGGCUGGGAACGAUUUGAAGAAGCGGGUUGAGCUGGAGACAAAAUGGAAGAAGAAGGAUAUUCAAAAAAUUUAUCUCGCCUAUCAAGAAUUGAAGAAGAUCCAACUAGACCUUCAACACACAACUACGGACUCCGGGGAGAUUUUUGCACCAGGAUUGACUAUUUCUUUGGAUUCAAAAAGCUCAAAUCCCACCGUUAGGCGCUAUGAAUUGCAUCGGAGGAGUCCAAUAAGCACCUCGUCCCUUGGAAGCAUUUAUCAGUUUGAAGAUGAACCAGAGGAGCCACAUCAAACAGAUGAAGUCCCUGAAACAGAAGAUUUGGAGAGGGAAGGAAUUACAGUAGAGAUGGAAGAAGGUCCUACUGAUGAGCCUCAGAUGAAAAAAGAAGAAUUGCGAGCCUUACAAAAUGUGAUCUCUCAGACGAAGAUACCGACUUGGGUUUCAAGAGUGCCUCACAAUUUUGGAAUGGCAGGUGCUGGUUCCUUGAAGGCGGCAGAUUGGUUGAUUCUAUAUACAGUUUACUACCCUCUUGCCAUUGUUCCAUACUGGGUGAUUGGGGACAACAAACAGAAGGAAAACAUUACUGGAUCAAAAACAGUGACACACCAAGAUGUCCUCAGGGACUCUUUGAUAAAACUGAUUGAGAUUAAAAACAUUCUGAUGAAGCAUCAGUUGAACGAGAGUGACAUCACCAAUUACUCAAAACUCAUUGUAGAAUACCAACAAACACUACAAACAGGCUGGCCCAAACAGGAUACCAAAGCAAACCUCCACUUAUCCCAGCAUUAUCCAGUAGUCAUCAAGAGGCUUGGCCCACCCAUAGCCACUGCUGCAUGGCCCCAGGAGCGUCUCAAUGGCAUGCUGGGUAAAAUUCCUAACAACCACCAUAUGGCGGAGAUCCACAGGACAUUGACCAAUACAUGGAAUAAGAAAUCACGGUAUUAUGGUCUUGAAAAUCAAUUGAAUGUUAGUGCGGAAAAUUUAUGUAAUGAAGAUGGAAGCAAGAAGGUUCAGAAUACAAUGCCAAAAACCAACAAGAAAAUUACUCUGGAUCCAAAAGUGUACAAACAAUGGAGAAGACAGAUCUCCCAGAUUUACCCAGAACAUGAGGAUCAUGGCAAGCUUGGCAAGCAUCUAGUAAACAUCAAGAGUGUAGACCUUUUUAAUUGUAAAUAUGUUGCAGCAAAGGAUUUUCAUCUACCAUCACCCGGUAACUCAAAUGUGGAGGUGUCUCAUGGCGGGGAUAGAUUCUUUGGAUGCAUUAGUUUACUAUUUGGGGCUUGCUAUGAUGACAAUUUUUGUGGUGCAUCAUUCUCAUGUGCCUAUGUGCUGAUCAAGUGUUUAUUUUUAAUGCAGGCAUGGGACCAAAACACCCUGUCAGGUGAAUAG